AUGUCACCAUUGCCCACCAUGACCAGGCUCCCCUCCGAGUCGUUCUGGCCCUCAGGCACCAUCGACACCGACAUGCGCCUUCCCUUGCCAGGCCUCGGCAGCAGCGACUCGUCCUCCGUCAUUUCUCCUCUGGCCCUGCCUCGAGGCGCUGCUGGCUACUUCGACCACGUCUCUGUCAACGGAAAUAACCUCUCCCAGCUCGCUGCCGCUGCUCAUAAUCCUUCCAAGAAUGCUGCCCCUGGAGCCUCUCGACGAAGUCAAGUUAAUUCCCCACUCUCGCCGGGCGUCCGCGGUCCGGCUCUGUCCCACGUACCUCAGUUCCUAUCACCACAUCUCUUGCCGGUUGGGAGAGAGGCACAAUACAAUCUUCAGCAACAUCGAUCGACCAGUCUCCCUCCAACUCGUCGCGAGCCCCGCUCCAGUACAGGAAAGCCCAAGACUACCAUCAUCAUAUCCCAGCUAGGGGCACCGGCUGUUCCAGGGUCGCUCCAAGGCUCGACGGAAAACUUGAAACCUGUCAACGGGGCAGUUAACUCGUCCAAUGCUCCCAUGUCAGCCAUCGGCUCGACUUCGGCCGCCCACCCACGCAGAACCUCGACAGAUUCGGCAAGUGCGCCCUCGCAGGUCCAGACGAUCCGUCGUUUGGUUCAACAAAACGGUCGGAUAAGGGAAGCUUGGGAGGCUGAGCGGAAAUACCUGGAAGCGAACAGGGAACGGGCUGAGGAAGUUUACAAGGAAGAGCGAGCUCUCAUGGAGGACGAGAGAGUUGAGUGGGAGACUGAAAAAGUCGGUCUACUGCAAGAGAUCGAACGACUUCAGCACCAGAUCUUGAGCCUUGGCGGUGACCCUCGAUUCGCGAGAGACGGCAGCGUUUCGAACGCCAAGAUCAACUUCGUUUCUUCUCAUAACAUGCGCGGCGGCGCUAUAUGGGAAACAUCGCCUGAAAGCAUGAGAAGCUCGCACUCUUCGCAAGGAAGCGCACAGCGAGAGGGGCGAACCGAGCUGGAGAGGCCGAGCCGGGGCACCCUAGGUCCCCUGUCUUUCAGGCAAACGACGGGAUUCUCAACAGAACCCACCACCAAUGAUAGUCUCACGCCCAUUGUCGACGUCCAGGAAAUCCACCCUGAUCUGGAGGGUAUUCCUAUCAAGUCCAACACUAUUCAGAAGCCUACAUUCAAGGAUACGCCUUCGCGAAGUGAAUCGCAGGCGUCCAGUAGAGCUUCAUCUCCGUCCAACAAGGCGGCCACCACCUCACAAGGGCCUAAGGAGCAAACACUCCAGGUGCUGGCUGCCGAUGAAUCGGACCGACUUACUAUGCACGCAGGCCACACUCCAAGUCACUCUCUCUCGCUUCUGCCCACGAUGUCUUCCUCGGGCGCGGCUACUGCGACUAGCAGUGGUGAUAGCACCCCAACCUUGCACCAGGGAGACGGCGUUGCUGCCGAAGAGCUGCCUGCGGGUGAUGCCAGCUCAGGAGUUCCAUCGCACCCCGCCGAACCUUUUCCAUCUCUGGCAACUGCUCAAAACAAUUUCUCCGAGGACCACCUUGAGCCGAUUUAUGAAGCUAGUGAAGAUCGCGAGCUGAAGGGCCCACUGAUGGUGAGAAAUAUGCCAGCGCACGACGAGAUAUUCUUCCGGAGACUGUCGGACAAACUCGAAGAGGUAAGCAAAGACACCAUGGCAGCUCUGCCUGCUGUGUUGAGGGGUGUCGACUCUGCUUGCGACAAAGUUGAGGAGCCAAAGUCAGAAAAUACGUCCAACGCCAAGUCCGACGCCCAACAGGAGGUCGUUGCCAGCAAGGACCAGAGUAGCCCGAAGAGCGGCGAGGAAGAGGAGCUAGAUAUUCCCCUCAAGAUCAAGCGAAGUUUCAACUUCGGAGCUCCAUUUGGCGAAUUUCGUUAG